AUGGUGACCCUGUUAUGCGACUGGCUGUUCCGCCUCGUAGCCAUCGUCCUUCUUUUCCAAUGCUGCGAAACCAAGACUGUCACCUAUGACUUUAACAUCACCUGGGUUACUGCAAACCCAGAUGGUCUCCAUGAUCGGAAGAUUGUCGGUGUGAAUGGCAAUUGGCCACUGCCCAUAAUACAAGUAGACAAGGGAGACCAAUUGGUGGUCAACGCUUUCAAUGGUCUAGGGGACAAGGACACGUCGAUUCAUUUCCACGGCAUGUUCCAAAAUGGCACAAAUAACAUGGAUGGCCCGUCCAUGGUAACCCAGUGUCCUAUUCCGCCGGGCUCGUCGUUUACCUACAACUUCACGGUCAAUCAGAACGGCACCUACUGGUACCAUUGCCAUACCGACGCCUGUUAUCCGGACGGAUACCGUCAGGCAUUGAUCGUACAUGAUAAAGAUGCAUAUUAUAAGGACAUGUACGACGAGGAGUUUACCCUCACCAUGAGCGACUGGUAUCAUCAGCUGGUGGAGGAUAUCCCCUUCAUCACAGUGACCAACCCAACCGGUGCGGAGCCCGUACCGGAUUCGUUCCUUGUCAAUGACACCCAAAAUAGUAGUAUUGCCGUACAGCCCGGCAAGACCUACUUGAUGCAUUUGAUCAAUAUGGGUGCGUUCGUCGGCAUGUUUUUCUAUAUAGAGGACCACAGCUUCAAAAUCAUCGAAAUCGACGGUGUAUACACCGAGCCCAAGGAGGCCGACAUGCUGUAUCUUUCCGUCGCGCAGCGGUAUGCAAUCUUAGUGACAACCAAGAACUCCACGACAAAAAAUUAUCCUAUUGUCACCAUCGCCGAUUCAUCAUUGCUAGAUGUCAUCUCGCCGGACCUGCAAUUAAACUACACGAACUGGCUCGAGUACAACGCCAGUGCGGCUCAUCCACAGGCCGUUAUGCCAGUCGAUGAUUCCUCCGAUCUCGUUCCCUUCGACGAUAUCACCCUCGUCCCUUGGGAUCACCAGUCUCUCCUCCCUGACCCGGACAUGGUGAUUGAUCUUACCGUUGUGAUGGACAAUCUCGCUAACGGGGCUGGCUAUGCCUUCUUCAACAACAUCUCCUACACAAGACCAAAAGUACCCACUCUGUACUCAGUCCUCUCAAGCGGCGACCUCGCUACGAACCCCGAAGUCUACGGUGAGUUCACACAUCCGAUGAUCCUAUCCCACAACCAAGUGGUAGAAAUCGUCCUCAACAACGGCGACACCGGCUCUCACCCUUUCCAUCUCCACGGACACAACUUUCAGCUCCUCACGCGAUAUCCUGCAUGGGGUGCAGGUAAGGAAUUCUACAGCUACGCUGAAGCCGAUGCUCCCAUCACCUACAACUCAUCAAACCACUCUGCGUUUCCUACCUACCCCGCCCGACGAGAUACAUUUGUUGUACCGCCCCAAGGGUACUUCGUCGUCCGAUUCGUGGCUGAUAAUCCAGGAGUAUGGAUCUUCCACUGCCAUAUUGAUUGGCAUCUUACUCAAGGUCUCGCGAUGUUGAUGAUUGAGGCGCCGCAGCAGAUACAAGAACGAAUGUCGAUACCGGAAGAUCAUUGGGCGGCGUGUCAUGCUGCGGACGUGCCGUAUAAGGGUAACGCGGCUGGGAACACAGAGGAUCUGCUGGACUUGAAGGGACAGAAUAAACAGCUUCCCUGGUUGCCGGCUGGGUUUACCGCCCGGGGAAUUGUGGCUUUGGCAUUCUCGUGUGUCUCGGCAGUUCUGGGAAUGGGUUUUAUUACUGUUUAUGGGCUUUCGGGGAUAAAAAACAAUGAGAAAGUGCAGGAGGGUAUGGUGAAAGAGGAUGGUGAUAAUACGUCUCCGGAUGGUGUUUUAGAUCAUGAUGCAGGCUUGCGGAGAGAAUGA